CCCUGAAGCCGCGCACGUAUUAAGUGAAGAGAGGCUCGAAGGUUGCAAUGCAUGUUCCCAGAUAGGGCAACUCCUACUUUCCUUCCUCACACACCUGAGAGRGUACCAGGGUCCUCGCAGCACACCACAGCCUAUCUCUUGCAUGCAAAGUAGCGCCCAGUAGCAGUUUGGCAAGGAGCCAGUUACUUUGGGAACCAAAUCUAGGGCGGGGGGCGCGCACGGCGCGUGUGACGGGCAGCUGACGUUUCCAACUGUCCUCUCCCGCAACGGAAGAUGCACACUAUGGAUGUUUGUAUAAGCGCUUGAGACGGCCGUUUUCUGCAUUUUAUUAACGACGGACACGCCUCGUCAGUUGCCUUGCAUCCCCACGGAACAUCAUGCGAGUAGGAGCGACGCACCCAAUGCCAUGCUGAGCAACUCCCCGACUUUUCUGCUGGCCCUGACCACCGUAGCCGGACUACUCCAGCGGUGCCACGGCUGGAGCGACGAGGACCUCCUGUUACCCCCCAUCAACUCCACCAACAGAUUCUUGGCCAACUUGGAGGUGGACGUGCACUACUCGAAGAGAUCCGUGGAGGAGAGCGAAGCCUCCUCGUCAGACACUUCGUUACAGCCGUUGCCACAGUGCAACGUCAGCGUGCAGAGACUUUUCCCCACCUCGCUGGUGGCUCGCUGGGACAGCAACUUCGGUUUCCAGUGCGAUGUGUUUAUAUAUACCGCCAAUAACAAUGGAAGGGCUUUUUUCUCUGCUGCUAUCAACAGAGCCAUCUCACCUGUUCUCAUCGAACACCUCGGAGUCACCGGCGGCCAGCAGGAGUUUAGACUGUGUGUUGGAUGUGGCAUGUCACGAUACCGGCGAUUCGGCAAGUCAAAGGCUCAGCAGACGGGGGAUCCCAUCAAUUUCUGCUGUGUUGACUUCAGCCUUGACGAACUAAAUGGGGACAAAAGUUGGAGAUUGAACCGUAAACCCAUCGAGUCAACUCUUGUGGCUUGUUUCAUGACUCUAGUGAUAAUAGUGUGGAGUGUGGCUGCCCUCAUAUGGCCGGUGCCUAUUAUUGCAGGAUUUCUGCCCAACGGAAUGGAACAAAGACGGCCGAGAUAAAGAAUGAUCAAAUUCUGGAGACAAGCCCCCAAGCCAAUAGGCUAAAAAUACUGUAGAAUACAUAUUUAAACGUUUUUUUCUUCACAUUCUACUCGUAUAAAAGAAUGUUCGUUUCCAAUUUUACCGUUUAGAAUGAAAGAGUGCAUUUUUGGUUUUGGUCUAUUUCCUAUUGAUAGGCCUUCACUAUAAGAAGACCAAUAGUUUUAAAGAUAGGUUGUGGUAUUGUAAAUCUAGCCUAUGUAUUACAUUGUCUAUAGAAUAGGUGCAUAUGUAGAGUGUGUUAACAACAUUUCACUGUAAACAGUGUUUGUAUGGUUUUAAAUCUUUGUAGGAUUAUUGCCUAUGGGCCUGGCAGUGGUGUAGUGGUGCCUGAAGAAGUGGGUAUACUCUAAUUUUGCCCAAAAAAWUCCCAAAUGGCCCGCCCAGCGAAGGAAAGGUGCCCUGUGUGAAAAAUUAUAUGGGAAACCGUGACAUACAUUCUGUAUUACCUAAAAUGAUAUAUUCCAUAUUGGUCUUUCACAGUCAGGCCAACCCACGCUGUACUGUGCAAGUAGGCUAAUUGUAGGCAUACUAUUGAAACAGAUAAAUUAGGCUGUCAACUGAGUCAGAAAUCCAAAGGUUUCAGAUCUAUUUAUUUAUAUUCAGAUUUUCACUCUCAAAGUCACACUUUGUUUUAUAGAAAAACAACAAAAUUGGAUGUUCUAAGUCCAUAACAAUGCUUUCAAAGUCCAUAACAAUGUCCAUAACAAUACCACAUCAGGAGACCACUUUUGAGCUCUGGGAAAUAUCUAAGAUAAAACUAUUUUUGUGUAGUUGCCCUUUAAUAAUUCCAGUGUGACGGCACCUAGCACUGUUGUUUGUUAGUGGUGUUUCUGUAGCACA